UUCAUGGCUGAUGUGGUUGCCUCUUAAUUCGUCUUUUAUACUCUUUUGAAAAUGAACGUUCCAUACUACUGUAGUCCUGCAUCACUUAAACAAGAAAAAAACAACCUUAAAAUUAUGUUUUAAAAGUCUUUUCACAGUUUUAUGCACCCACUUGAUAAGUGUAUUGAAUUUCUGGUGUGGAUCAGUUUUCCCGCUCCGUCAUCUGAUCGCAGCGCCUCCAGUGAGUCAGGUAACCACUGGCCUGUCUUAUCAGAUGCCCCGACUUCCCUUCAGCGCAAAGGCUCUCCUGUUCUGCUAAGGAUGGCAUUCAUCGCCAAGACCUUCUACGACCUGAAGGCCACCACACUGGAUGGCGAUCUGGUGGACUUCAACGUGUACCGUGGGCGGGUGGUGCUGAUAGAGAAUGUGGCGUCGCUCUGAGGCACCACCGGCCAGGACUUCAGUCAGCUCAAGGAGCUCCAGGGCAAGUACCCUCAUCGACUGGUGGUCCUGGCCUUCCCCUGUAACCAGUUUGGGUAUCAGGAGAAUUGCAGCAAUGGUGAGAUCCUAAAUUCCCUACAACAUGUACGUCCAGGUGGUGGAUUCCAGCCCAAUUUCCCCAUCUUUGAGAAGUGCGAUGUCAAUGGAGCUAACGCACAUCCCGUCUUCGCCUAUCUCAAAGAGAAACUCCCCUAUCCCGACGACGACCCCAACUCCCUCAUGCAAGACCCCAAAUUCCUGGUUUGGAGCCCCAUCAGCAGGACCGAUGUUUCUUGGAACUUUGAGAAAUUCCUCAUAGCACCUGAAGGAGAGCCGUUUAAAAGAUACAGCAGGAAGUUCCCCACGAUUGACAUAGAGCCUGACAUUCAACGCUUGCUAAAAUUAACCAAAUCUUAACAAUGGAGACUUUUAACACCCCGUUUAAGUCUUAUUUAAUGAAGGUGAUAUUAUGAAACUCAAAAGAGAUAUCAUCUGAAGCUUUGUAAGCACUUAAAUGAAAUGGUCAAUUUUACGUUAUUGUCAAUUCGACCUGGUGUCGUCGAGUUUGGACGGAAGUCAGAAUGUCCCGUUGUCCAUCACCCACAGACACCAACGGAGAAGGUCAGAAUAAUAGUAAAAGGAAAUAUUUGGAUGAAAAACACUAGACUAUAAAACAAAUAACCAAAUGAA